UCGUCGGACGGGAAAAAUAGGAGCGCAGGCUCCAGCAGAGGAGCGCGCAUCGCGCGUCGCGCAGGCUUUUGCGCACAGAGGAGACGUAGCUGCGACACUGGCGAGGCGAAGACGCGACUACCGGCCGAGAAGAUGCAGUGAAGAGGAGCCUCAGACUUCCCUGAGAAUCCACAGCCAGUGCCCGUCGGGGGGCAGCUACAGAGAAAUAACGUCGAGAAAAAAAAAAUGAGCGUGAUCAAAGCUGGGCACGACGGGAGGGUGGACGGUGGAAGAGGCAGCCACACCGACAACGGCAGCGGCUCUCCGAGGCUCCAGCAGUGCGCUCAGCCUCCCAACAGCAGCGGCGGCAGCAGCCGGACCAAAGAUGCCAGAUAUCAGCAGCAGCUCCAGCAGCAGAGGCAUCAUGGUGCGUCGAUGCUGAAACAACCGUCUCACAACGAGCCAGCCGACGUCGUGAGGCGGGCGCUGGACUUCAAGUGCCAAGGCACCCAGUGCUACAAGGAUAAGAAGUACCGAGAGGCGAUUGGCAAGUAUCACCGCGCUCUGUUGGAGAUUAAGGGGCUGUGCAGGGUGCUGGGAGACCCGGACACCAGCUCCAAGCCUCCGUCCCCCCUCCUGCCCACCAUCAGCAAGUCCACCACGCUGACAGAUGAGCAGAAGGGGGCCAUGGAGAAUGCAGAGCUGGAGUGUUACAACAGCUUGGCGGCCUGCUUGUUGCAAAUGGAGCUGGUGAACUAUGAGCGAGUGAAGGAGUACUGCCUCAAAGUGCUUCACAAGGAGGGGAAGAACUUCAAAGCUCUGUACCGAUCCGGCGUGGCCUAUUACCACCUAGGAGACUUCCAGAAGGCGCUGUACUACCUGAAGGAGUCGCACAAACAGGAACCAUCAGACACCAAUGUCAUCCGCUACAUCCAGCUGACAGAGAUGAAGAUUCGCCGGAAUGCCCAGAGGGACAAGAAAGAGGCGACAUAAGCACUCAACCGCCUCACCCAGUCAUAAAGUUUCAGCCCUUACUGUGUGCCACCCAGACCUUACACACCACGAGUCAGAGGUCUCGGUGUGAAAAGAUAUUUGUUUGCUUUUGCCUUGCACAGCAUCCGGUGGCCAGUUACGUGAUUGAUCUUCAUCAUUGUGUGCUAGAAACAUUUUUUUUUUAUUUAGAACAAAAAAAAAUUGUACCUGAAACUGAGUUUCCUGUCUCUCCGCCAAAAUUCAAACUCGUACGAAUUCCAAGUAUUUUUUAACCUUUACAAACUGAUGCACUGCCAGUCCAAACAUUGCACAUACAGGCCAACACUUGUGAUAAAGAGAGAGAGAGAGAGGAGGAGGAACAAGGUCCUCCGAGUGAAUCCAGCACGUCUGCAGGCGAGUGUAGCUGUAAUUUAGUACGUGCCCUCGCACAAGAUGUCUCUUGAAUGGCAUGGAGUAAUCGAGUAACAACCACCUACACGUCUGUCACCGUACUUUUGAUUUUGAAAGUACGACAAAAGGUCCAAAAUGUUUUUAUAUCUGAAGUCAGAGGUGCUUUCGGGAAAGUAGGUUUUUUACGAAAUGCCUGGACGAGGACGUCAAAAGCACAUGGUUGCUAAUUGCAGUACAAACUUAAGAGACAUAUCACAAAAUGUAAAUAGGCUACUUUAUAGAAAUCACACAAAAAAUAUAAUGGAGAGGUGAGCUAUUUGUGUUUAUUAAUGCCAAAACAAAGCACUUCAUUCACAGCAUUUUCUGUAUCAACAAAUACUGUAUGUUUACUGUAAAGGUAUGCGUGUAAUAAAUGUGUCUAUUGAUUGAAA